AUGGAGCGGCCCAGCCAGGUGGUCCCAACGGUUGGCUUUUCUGUCGAGAAGUUCGUUCUUGACGGGAUGGCUCUGACGGUUGUGGACAUGUCAGGGCAGGAGAAAUAUGUCAAGCUGUGGGAGUCUUUCUACAAAGAUAUUCAGGCAGUCGUCUUUGUCGUCGACUCGGCUGAUCGCGCCCGGCUGUCGGCUGCAAAAGCGCUUCUAGAUUCGGUGCUCGAGCGGCCAGAGCUCGAGCAUUUGCCGCUUCUGGUGUUUGCCAACAAAGCAGACCUUGUGCACGCUCUGCCCGCAGUCCAGGUAGCCCAAGUAUUGGCGGUCGAUCGCCCCGGCAAGCGAAGAGCUUGGCACAUCAGUGCUAGCAGCGCCCUGACAGGACAGGGACUGGAGGAAGGGAUCAAGUGGCUUCGAGACCGGCUUCGCAAUCGAUGA